CAAAAAUAGAGAUGAAAUGCUCAUGAUCUCUCUUAUGUAACUGAAAUUUCCCAUUAAUAAGCAAAUACGUGGACUUUGACAAACCCAUGGAAAUUUGGAAAUCGGCGAGCCUCUCAUGCACAGCAGCACAGGCACAAAAGCCGACCACGUGCCGAUAUAACUGAGCGCAGAUCCAUGAUCUCAACGUUAUGUUUUUUUCCCGCAUGUGUUGAGGGAAAUCGAGCCAACUAUACAACCUCUCUCCUUCAACACAAAAUUAAGAUUGGUCAGAAAGUUUUUUUGGAGAAAUAGCAGAAAAGGGCAAUGGCAAAGAUUCAUCUAACUUUGUUCCUGCUGGUAGUAAUAUUUGGCUGCAGCGCUUUUAUGGGUUCAGUAAAUGCAAUGACCCAUGUUGUUGGAGGAAGCCAUGGCUGGCGUGUGCCUGACAACAAAACCUUCUUUAAUGAAUGGACUAAACCAAGAACGUUUGGUGUUGGCGACAGACUUAUUUUUCCAUACAGGCCAGGGUCGAACAACGUUGUAGUGGUUCACAAGGAAGAUUUCGACGUAUGCGGUCAGAAGGAUGUAAUCAACAUGUACUACAAUGGACCAACGAUUGUGAACCUCACAGAGACUGGGGAAUACUUCUAUUAUUGUGGCGUUGGGAAGCAUUGCGAGGCUGGCCAAAAGCUCCACAUCAAAGUCGUCAACGAACAGGGCUCCUCCGGCAAGUCUUCCCCUUUUAAACUUGUCGGCCAUGUCAAUUCUAGAACUGCUGCACCGGCACCGGCCGCCCUUCCUGAUCAUUUAGAUCCUAAUUCUUCGGCGACCACCGUUCAUAAGUUUUGCAUGGUUUCUGGUCUAUUGGCUUUCUUGGUUUCACUGCUCAUCUGAAGUAUUGUGCCAUUGCUUCUGAAUCAUGAUCAAUGUCAUGAAAAAUUUCUUUUGAUUAGUGUGUUUUAAGUACGAGAUGGGAUCAGUUUAAUGUUAUACAUCGUGAGAUCAUGUGUAUACUAUUGUUGUUGCUGCUUAUGUUAUAUUAUGUAACAUUCAAGCUAAAUGUUUUUUUUUUUCAGUGCAUGUAGGAAAGAAUAUUAUUAUUUUUAGAUCUUUUGUUAUCAUUUCUGGUUUGCUAAAAACUUUGUCAGGCCUGUAUGAGAUUAAGAUAGGCUAAUAAUAUAC